AUGGCUAAAUUAUUUGAAGCGGUGGCUUCAAGGUGCGGUGUUCAUCAUAUCAAAGCAACAACUUACCAUCCUCAAACGAAUGGUCUCACCGAACGGAUGAAUGCCACAAUUGCAGCUUCAAUUGGUGCAUAUGUUAACCAACAGCAAUCUGAUUGGGAUGAAUUUUUGCCAUUCAUUACAUUUGCAUACAACACAUCCAGACAGGAAUCAACAAAAAUGGCUCCGUUCACACUAAUGUUUGGUCGUGAUCCCACUCUCCCGUUUGAUAUUCCAAAAGGCAUCGUGGCAUUAUCCGCCGUCAAUGACUACUACCUUCAACUUCGUCGAUUUCUCGAUCAAGCCAAAUCAACAGCAAGAUACAGUGUCAAACAACAACAAGACAUCUACAAGACAAGAUUUGACACAGGACGAAGAGAUAUGAUUUUACAAGUUGGACAGAAGGUGUUUCUCAAACAAAUGAUGGCUAAAAAUCUUCGCAAAUUUUCUCCAAAAUUCUAUGGCCCAUUUGAAGUCAUGAAGCAAGAAGGACGAUUGAAUUAUGUAGUGAAACAUGUCAACGAUGGACAUAUAGAAAAAGCACAUGUUUCACGAAUCAGUCCAAUUUAA